CUGCGCUUUGGCUGGGAGCGGCGAGGCGCGCUCUGCCCCCCCACUCCCGAAACCACCUGUAUGGAUGAUCACACAUCCAGCGUGAUUCGGUCACCCUCGUCGGCCAGGGGAGCGGAAAAGGAUGCCGUAGAUCCCAGGGGUUAUGGCGAGGUCCAGAAGGGCACCAUGACGGUGGAGAACAUGCUGGAGGAGUCCGCCGUGCUCUCGGCGCCUCACCUGUCGGUGGAUCGAUGCGCGCGCGGCCGCCGGGGAGGCUGCGAGAGGGUGGUCAUCAACAUUUCGGGUUUGCGCUUCGAGACGCAACUUAAAACUUUCAACCAGUUCCCAGACACGCUGCUGGGGGACCCGCGCAAAAGGAUGCGCUACUUUGACCCACUUAGGAACGAGUACUUCUUUGACAGGAACAGACCCAGCUUCGAUGCCAUCCUGUACUAUUACCAGUCGGGAGGACGCAUUCGGAGACCCGUUAACGUUCCCAUUGAUAUUUUCUCAGAGGAGAUUAGGUUUUACCAACUCGGGGAGGAAGCCAUGGAAAAAUUCCGCGAGGACGAAGGGUUUAUUAAAGAGGAGGAGCGUGUACUCCCCAAAAAUGAUUUCCAAAAGCAGGUUUGGCUGUUGUUUGAGUAUCCCGAAAGCUCUGGACCAGCAAGAGGGAUAGCUAUCGUUUCGGUACUUGUUAUAUUGAUUUCAAUUGUUAUUUUCUGUAUGGAGACUCUACCCGAAUUUCGGGACGAAAAGGACAUAGCCACGGUGGCGCCCACAGUUAACGGCACAGCUUCCUACGUGCCAAGUCCCUUCACAGAUCCCUUUUUUGUGAUAGAGACGCUGUGUAUUAUCUGGUUCUCGUUUGAGUUGCUGGUCAGGUUUUUCGCCUGCCCCAGCAAAACCACUUUUUCCAAAAACAUAAUGAAUAUCAUUGACAUUGUCGCCAUAAUUCCUUACUUUAUCACUCUGGGGACAGAGCUGGCCGAGAAGCAAACUAACGGUGGCCAACAGGCGAUGUCCCUGGCCAUCCUUAGGGUGAUCAGACUGGUGCGAGUCUUUCGCAUCUUUAAGCUCUCACGACACUCAAAGGGACUUCAGAUUUUGGGGCAGACCCUCAAGGCGAGCAUGAGAGAGCUGGGCUUGCUCAUAUUCUUUCUUUUCAUUGGAGUCAUCCUCUUCUCCAGUGCAGUUUACUUCGCGGAAGCGGACGACCCUUCAUCCAGCUUCACCAGCAUCCCGGAUGCUUUUUGGUGGGCCGUCGUUACCAUGACCACCGUCGGAUAUGGAGACAUGCACCCGGUGACCAUCGGUGGGAAGAUAGUGGGGUCGUUGUGCGCAAUAGCAGGCGUGCUGACCAUUGCCUUACCCGUGCCAGUGAUUGUGUCCAAUUUCAACUACUUCUAUCACCGAGAAACCGACGGAGAGGAGCACCAGCAGUACCUGAACACGGCCAGCUGCGAGCACCUGCCCUCUGAGGAGCUCAGGAAGUCGUGCAGCUCCUCAUCCCUCAGCAAGUCAGAGUACAUGGUGAUAGAGGAAGGCAUCAAGCAGCACAACUUUACCACAGAAAACAACCAGAACUGCGUGAACAUCAAAAAGAUCUUCACAGACGUGUAA